AUGGGUAAAUAUAUAACAAUUGCUACUUGUAAUCUUAACCAAUGGGCCUUGGACUUUGAAGGUAAUAGAGAUCGUAUCAUUGAAAGUAUCAGAGAAGCCAAAAGACAAGGAGCUAAACUUAGAGUUGGACCAGAACUUGAAAUUUGUGGAUAUGGAUGUUUAGAUCAUUUUGCUGAAAAUGAUUUAUAUGAACAUAGUUUCGAAAUCUAUGGAGAAAUCUUAUCCCAUCCUGAAACAAAGGGGAUUUUAUUAGAUAUUGGUAUUCCAAUUAUUCAUAAAUCAAUUAAAUAUAAUUGUCGUGCUAUAUCAUAUGAUGGAGAAAUUUUAUUAAUUAGACCAAAAUUAUUCUUAGCUAAUGAUGGUAAUUAUCGAGAAAUGAGAUAUUUUACUCCUUGGAAUAGACCUAAAUAUUUUGAAGAAUAUCAAUUACCUAAAUAUAUUUCAAAAAUCACGGGUCAAUCAAAAGUUACAUUUGGUGAUUGUAUUAUAGAAACUAAAGAAACUAGAUUAGGUUGUGAAACUUGUGAAGAAUUAUUUACUCCACAAUCUCCUCAUAUUGCUAUGAGUUUAGAUGGAGUUGAAAUUUUCACUAAUUCAAGUGGAUCUCAUCAUGAAUUAAGAAAAUUAGAUACAAGAUUUAAAUUAAUCACUGAAGCAACUAAAAAAUGUGGUGGUGUUUAUCUUUAUGCAAACCAAAAGGGGUGUGAUGGAGAUAGAUUAUAUUAUGAUGGAUGUGCUUCGAUUAUAGUUAAUGGUAAUCUUUUAGCACAAGCUUCACAAUUUUCUUUAAAAGAUGUUGAAGUUGUAUCGGCAACUAUUGAUUUAGAUGAUGUUAGAUCAUACAGAAAUCAAAAAUCAGCCAGUAAUCAAGCCGUGAAUCAAACCACAACAUAUAAAGUAAUUUCAAGUGAUGUUGAAUUAUCUCCAAGUGAUAAUUUAUUUGAUCCUAAUGUAUAUCCAACCACUCCAAGACCGGUGAAAUAUCAUUUACCCGAGGAAGAAAUCGCAUUGGGUCCUGCAUGUUGGUUAUGGGAUUAUUUGAGAAGAUCUAAAACUGGGGGAUUCUUUUUACCUUUGAGUGGAGGAAUUGAUUCUUGUGCCACUGCAGUCAUUGUUCAUCUGAUGUGUCGAUUAGUCGUGAAAUCAAUUGGUACUGAUAAACAAGUCUUGAGUGAUUUACAAGCAUUAGUCCAUGAUCCUGAAUUUGUUCCUAAAACCCCACAAGAAAUUGCUCAAAGGUUGUUUUAUACUUCAUAUAUGGGUACUGAAAAUUCUUCCAUUGAAACCAGAUCUCGAUCAAAGGAUUUAGCAAAAGAUAUCGGAUCUUUCCAUGUUGAUUUAAACAUGGAUUCCUUGGUAGGUGCCGUCGUUAACUUAUUCGAAGUCGCAACUGGUAAACGACCAAUUUUUAAAAUCUUUGGCGGAUCACAAACUGAAAACCUCGCCUUACAAAACAUUCAAGCCAGAUUGAGAAUGGUCUUAAGUUAUCUCUUUGCCCAAUUAUUACCAUGGUCCCGUGGGAAAACAACCAGUGGGCUUUUGGUCUUAGGUAGUGCUAAUGUUGAUGAAUGUCUUCGAGGAUAUUUGACAAAAUAUGAUUGUUCAUCCGCAGACAUUAACCCCAUUGGAGGUAUUUCAAAAACCGACCUUAAGCGAUUCAUCGCCUGGGCGGAAUUUAAUUUCGAAUUACCAAUCUUACAUGAUUUCAUCACGGCAACACCUACUGCCGAAUUAGAACCCAUCACCAAGGAUUAUGUCCAAAGUGAUGAAAUCGAUAUGGGUAUGACAUAUGAUGAAUUAUCCCGAUUUGGAACAUUGAGAAAAGUUAAUAAAUGUGGUCCCUUGGCGAUGUUUAUAAAACUUUAUCAUGAAUGGUCACAACCUCCUCAUAAUUUGAGUGCAGAACAGGUGGCGGAAAAAGUGAAGAGGUUUUGGUUCUUUUAUGCUAUUAAUAGACAUAAAAUGACAACCAUGACUCCGGCUUAUCAUGCUGAACAAUAUUCUCCGGAUGAUAAUAGGUUUGAUUUGAGACCAUUUUUGAUAAAUCCAAGAUUCCCUUUUGCAAGUAAGAAAAUUGAUGAGAUUGUUAAGAUUGUUAAAGAAAGACAAGAAGAGAUUGACGGAAAUAACAUUAGUGUUGAUUAA